GCCGCACUUCUCGCCGCCUGCGCCACGGCUGCGCGGACCUGCGGGCUCGGGACUAGAGGGAAUGGUUGGUGCCAUGUGGAAGGUGACUAUUUUGGUGACCAUGUUCAUGUUCAGCCCUGGUGGUGAUGGACUUUUUCAUUCCAUAUACAAAAAAGCUCGGGUUUCUGUACCACGUGAGGGACACGUAGGAGAGCCAUUAUUUCUUACUUCCUACAUUGAAGCUGGAAAACUCACAGAAGGAAAAAGAAAGAGUUUGGUCCCUCCUUUCCCAGGUUUGAAUGUGAAGAGUUAUGCUGGCUACCUCACCGUGAAUAAGACCUACAACAGCAACCUUUUCUUCUGGUUCUUCCCGGCUCAGGUAUACCCUGAGGUUGCUCCAGUGGUCCUCUGGCUGCAGGGAGGGCCCGGGGGUUCAUCCAUGUUUGGACUCUUUGUGGAACACGGACCUUAUUUUGUCACAAGCAACCUGACCUUGCGUCCCAGAGACUUUCCUUGGACCACCACACUUUCCAUGCUUUACAUUGACAAUCCAGUGGGCACAGGCUUCAGUUUUACUGACGACCCCCAGGGAUAUGCAGUCAAUGAGGAUGAUGUCGCCCAGAAUUUAUACAGUGCAUUAGUUCAAUUUUUCCUGUUGUUUCCUGAAUAUAAAAACAAUGACUUUUAUGCCACUGGGGAGUCGUACGCAGGGAAGUACGUGCCAGCCCUUGCACACUAUAUCCACGUGCUCAACCCUGUGAUGAAGAUGAAGAUCAACCUGAAAGGAAUCGCUCUCGGAGAUGCAUAUUCUGAUCCUGAAUCAAUCAUAGGGGGCUAUGCCACAUUCCUGUACCACAUUGGCUUGUUGGAUGAGAAGCAGAGAAAGUACUUCCAGAAGCAGUGUGAUGAGUGUGUGAAAUACAUCAAGGAGAAGAGAUGGCUUCAAGCCUUUGAAGUACUGGAUAAACUACUAGAUGGUGACUUAACAAGCAACCCUUCUUACUUCCAGAAUAUCACAGGAUGUCCUAGUUACUAUAACAUAUUGCAGUGCAAGGACCCUGAGGACCAAAAUUACUAUGGGAAAUUUUUGUCCCUCCCGGAAGUGAGGCAAGCCAUCCAUGUGGGAAACCGGACUUUUAGUGACGGAUCCGAAGUUGAAAAGUACAUGCGAGAAGAUACAGUAAAGUCCGUUAAGCUCUGGUUAGCUGAACUCAUGAACAAUUACAAGGUUCUGAUCUACAAUGGCCAGCUGGACAUCAUCGUGGCAGCUUCCCUGACAGAGCGCUCUCUGAUGGCCAUGAAGUGGAAGGGGUCCCAGAAAUACAAGCAGGCAGCAAGAAAAGUUUGGAAGAUCCUUAAAUCCGAUAGUGAAGUGGCUGGUUAUGUGCGGCAGGUGGAUGACUUCUCUCAGGUAAUUGUUCGCGGUGGAGGACACAUUUUACCCUAUGACCAGCCUCUGAGAACUUUUAACAUGAUUAAUCGAUUCAUUUUUAAUAGAGGAUGGGAUCCUUAUUGAUGGAUAAAGA